AUGGCCGAUACCGAAAGCAAGCAAGUUGUCGCGGGAUCUUCAAAGGGAACUGAAGAGGAGGACGUAGUCCCUUCACCUGAUAUUCACUUUGAUCCCGUCAUCAAAUUGGACGAGGUUGAAGUAAAAACUUUUGAAGAAGACGAGGAUGUCUUAUUUAAAAUGCGCGCAAAACUUUUUCGAUUUGAUAAACCAUUAAAGGAAUGGAAGGAACGCGGCACAGGAGACGUUCGUUUUCUCCAGCAUAAAGAGACAAAAAAAAUUCGUCUAGUAAUGCGACGAGACAAGACUCAUAAAGUUUGCGCCAAUCAUUACAUCACAUCCGAAAUGCAACUUUCUCCAAACGUUGGAUCAGAUCGUUCAUGGGUGUGGAAUGUUAGUGCCGAUGUUUCUGAUGGUGAAGCAAAAUCAGAAACGUUGGCGAUUCGGUUUUCUAAUACCGAAAAUGCCAAUACCUUUCAUGAUAAGUUUUAUGAGAUGCAAAAGCUAAAUAUUGCAAUAUUUAGGAAGGGAGAUGAAACAAUCAAUGAGAAAGAUGUAGACAAAGUUGCAGUGAAAGAACCUAAAGAAAAUUACUUUGAUGUUCCGUUUUCGAGACCUCCGACAAGUGUCGACCUUUCUAAAGAUGACCAAUUAUAUAUAGACAUUGCCGCUUAUUUUAAAGAACACCUUAAAGAAGUUUCAUAUAACAUAACAAUGAUUUCAAUUUUACAAAACAGAACUCUUUGGGAAAGGUAUCAACAAUUUAAGAGUUUACAACAAGCUAUAGAAAAAGAAGAGAAGCCCAAUGCAUUAUUUCAAACAGAGUAUGAGACUUUAUUUAAGGAUACGGUCUUAUUUCAUGGAACACAACCAGAUAACGUCAUAUCCAUAUUGGACCACGGUCUAGAUGGUCGUUUUUCAAAAUCUUUUGGUAAUUGCGGACCCGCAAUAUAUUUAUCACCAAGUUUAUAUAAAUGUGAUCAAUUCGCUAGUCGUAAUAGCUCAAAAAGAGCUUUAGUUGUUUGUGUGACUGCUCUUGGAAAAAUAUUCGAUAACACAAAAGAUAAAGAUAAAUCUGUGAACCCACAUACAAAGUAUCCUCCUAAAGGAUAUCACAGUGUUAAACAUUACGUUGCCGUGGCUGAUGAAUAUGUGGUGUAUGAUAAUUCUCAGGUUUUACCUAUUUUGUCGAUACAUUAUGAAAAAGCUCAGGGAAAUAAUGCUUUACAUGCCAAUCCUUUCAUGUUACAAUUACCAGGAAUGAAACCAAUAACGGGAUUUAAUUCAUCUAAUACAAACAAUCAAAGUAAUUUUAAAUGGCCUAUUAACAAUGGAAAUACAUCAUCAUCACAAUUUAACACCAAUGGAUGCAUUAGUUCAAGUGGUAAUAAUUAUUCAUCAUCAUUGCCACCUAUUCAACUAGCCAAUUUCAAUUUACCUCCACUUUCUUUAAAUUUCAAUCCCAUUUUAACUCAAGUGCAAGUGCAUCAACCUAUCACAGCCUUUUCUUCAUCGAAUUGGAUGCUUCGUAAGGCACAAGCUAUGAUACAACAAUGGACACACCAAGUUGAUUUAUCAAGUGGACUUUUAAGCUUUUAUGGUGUGACGACGAUGGCUUAUAAGCAGUUCUGGCCAGCAAAAUCAAAUGACGGUUAUCCAUCUCUCGUGUCAUAUUUAGACUUUGUUUUGUCCACCAGACAAUCAAAUCUCUCUUCAUCAAAUUUAGACCAGGGGUUUAUUCAUCUGUUAAAAAAGCUUAAAAGUUCUGAAGGAAUGGUACAUGCUAAAAGACGACUAGUCGAAAAGUCUAAGUCUAUCAAUUUGUUUCAAUAUACUUCUUUGGCUACACAAAAUCGACUUCGGGAAGCAGCGCAGGAAAGCUGUACUAUAUGUGCUGAAUUGAUAGUCAAUUUAAAUCAACCUUCCGACAUUGUAAAAAUGAACAAUUGUCCGCACGUUUUUCACAAAUCUUGUAUAGAAACAUGGUUAUAUAUGCCUUCAUCACAGAUGAUAUGUCCUAAUUGUAAAACUCCUUGUCAUGAUCCUAUGGCACCACCUCCGAUAGGACCUAUGCCGGAUGGAGAAAUGGCAUAUUCUUUUAGUGAAAAAUUCGGCGCUUGGUUCAUAUGUUAUUCAAUUCCUCAUGGAAAACAACUUCCCUGUCACCCUUCUCCAGGAAAACCUUUUAAAGGUACUACACGAACUGCUAUUUGUCCUAUAUAUCACAAAUGGGGUCCAUUAUUACUCAUACGUAUGAUCGCAGCCUUUUAUUAUCAUCAUACCUUUACAGUAGGUACUUCUCUCACAACUAAUAUGUCGGAUGUUAUAAUUUGGAAUGGCAUACAUCACAAGACAACGAUUGAUGGUGGAUUUGGAUUUCCUGAUUCAACUUAUGAAGAACGAGUUUCUUUGGAGUUAGAUGGGAAAGGGAUUCUCUUGUUCUUAAGAGAUUUGAUGAAAUAA